AUGUACUACUAUUGGCCAUACAAUGACGGCAUUGUGGAUCUAGAUCAAAUUCGUAUUCCAGUUUUGUGGACAGAGUUAGAUGUGGCCUUUCAUUCCUUAGGGAGUGAGAAGGCUAAGGGGAAAGGGUGGGUGGCCCCUUUGUUUCGGGGCACCGCCGUUGUCACGGAGCAUGGGAAGGACGCGCGGGCGAUCACCCCGAAAACCUUCGCUUGCUUGGAGGCAUCUGGAGGCUCACGCAGCACAACCGGCGAGCAGAGCCAACCCCAACCAUUACAGUCACGAGACGCGCGGGCGGAUAGAAAUGCCUAUAGAUGA